AUGAGUGAAAAAGACAAUGUGGCGUGGAGUUUGUUGGAGUGUAUUGAAAAGCACGGAGAUUGCUUAAAAAUCAAGUGUAACGUAUUUAACAAGGAGUUUAUUGUGUCGCGAAAGGGUUACGAAAAUGCAAUUUGUCCAACAAAUUUUGUCUUCAGCCGUUUAAUAAUAGAACUUCACUAUGCUAUUGGAGAAAUGAUAGCAGUAGAUAAUGAGCCUAUUUCUUUUGUCGAAAAAGCCGGGUUUGAAAGGUUAAUGUCUAAAACUUCACCACAUUAUAAAGUUCCAUGCCGAAAAUACUUCACAGAGACCAUUCUACCUGACAUGUACAGCAGAGUGAAAGAAGUUGUAAAAACAAUGUUAUCUACAGCGAAGUGGAUGUCGUUAACGUCUGAUGUGUGGACUUGUAAAGAAACACGUUACAGUUUCAUUAGUUUAACUGCUCACUGGAUAGGCGAUAAUUUUGAGAGAAAAAGUGCUGCACUAAGUAUCAAAGUAUUUCCUGGCAGACAUACGGGAGAAGCAGUAUCCGAAAAAUUAACAGAACUAUUGUCAUUUUGGGAUAUCGAUAAAAUCAAAGUACAUUUGCUAAUGCGAGAUAAUGGUGGCAAUAUGAAGAAAGGGUGCAGAUUAUGUGACAUUGCUAGUGAAUCCUGUACUAUUCAUACUUUACAGUUGGUUAUUAAAGGUGCAAUUAAAUCUGAUAAGGGAGUAGGAAUAUUGUUGAAAAAGUGUAGAAAAAUUGCUACUCAUAUUCACAAAUCUUCGCCUUCGAGCAGUGCUUUGGCUCAAAUUCAAGUAGAUUUAAACAUACCAAUAAAAAAGUGA